UAGAAUUCUUAUUCAAUUCUCAUUCAAUAUUAUUCUCAUAUCUUUUUCUCUUUACUGGGCAAAAGGGCAAAAGCUCCACCGGGAGAGUCUCGUACUCUACUUGGGAUACUACAAGUUCAAAUUCAGAUAAAGAAAGAGGGAUGAUAUACACAGCAAUUGACACCUUCUAUCUCACGGACGAGCAGCUAGCAAACUCACCUUCUAGAAAAGAUGGCAUAGAUGAAGCCACCGAGACCACCCUUAGAAUCUAUGGCUGUGAUCUUGUCCAAGAGAGUGGAAUUUUGCUCAGAUUGCCACAAGCAGUCAUGGCUACUGGGCAGAUUCUAUUUCAUCGUUUCUAUUGCAAGAAGUCGUUUGCAGGGUUCGAUGUCAAGAAAGUUGCUGCAAGCUGUGUAUGGUUGGCUUCAAAACUAGAGGAAAAUCCUAGAAAAGCCAGACAAGUAAUUAUUGUUUUUCACAGGAUGGAGUGCAGGAAGGAGAACUUUCCCAUGGAGCAUUUAAACUUGUGUUCCAAGAAAUAUGUUGAUUUAAAAAUGGAAUUGAGGGUAACAGAAAGACAUAUUUUGAAAGAAACGGGAUUCAUUUGUCAUGUUGAACCUCCUCAUAAAUUUAUACCAACCUACCUUGCUAUCCUUGAAACACCUCCAGAAUUGAGGCAAGAAGCUUGGAAUCUGGCUAAUGAUAGGUACAUAAUUGCAGAUAUUACUUUUAUUUUUCUGCUAGUGCGUUUGUGUGCUUCGUUGACACUUUUUUCAUGCAGUUUGAGAACUACAUUGUGUGUUCGAUUUAAGAGUGAGGUCGUGGCUUGUGGAGUUGUAUAUGCUGCUGCUCGUAGGUUCCAAGUACCCCUUCCUGAGAACCCGCCAUGGUGGAAAGCAUUUGACGGGGAGAAAUCUGAGAUUGAUGAAGUCUGCAGGGUUUUGGCUCAUCUUUAUAGCCUUCCAAAGACACAAUAUAUACCAGUCUGCAAAGAUUCUAGAAUGUCUGAUGAUGAAUCGAAAGACAUGACAAAAGAGGAACACGUACUGAAGUCCAAGUCUGACUGUAGAAGUGAGGUCAUUGGCGAGACAUGUAAGGAUAAGGAUAGGAAUCGAGAUAGGAACAGGAAAAGAGAUAGAGAUAGAGACAUGUACAGAACAAAAUCAAGAGAUAGCGAUAGAAGAGGAUAUAAACAUUUUUGAAUUACCAUGG